CACACACACACACACACACACACACAGAGCAGGUGCUGCUGCUGACUCUGUGGCUUUGAAGAGCUGAGGACAGUUUCCAGACUCUCUGGCAAGGCCGUGCAGUGAUGCAUUGUGGGUUUGUGGCGUUGUGCGUCCUGCUCCUGCACGCCACGGCUCAGGGCUUUGGGAUUUUGCCGGGAAGUUCUCUGAGUCACCUGGAGAUAACGGAGCAGGCUCUGCUGGAGGCCACGCUGCAGACAUGCCGGGCUCUGGCAGCAGCCGAGGGGACGGACUUCACCCCCCCUUCUCAGUCUCUAACUCCAGAGAACGUAGCCGCGGCCUGCAACGCGCAGCAGUCGUCCAAGACCUUCCGCCAAGCCAUCCUUUUCAUUGUGCUGAUGAACGUACGUGUGGACCUGCGCCACCCGCUCAACGCGAGCUUCCACUUCGACGAAGAGCGGCUGCUUGAAGGGAGGGACAUCAUCACGGCGGGGAUCACGGCGGUGAAAGCCAGCAACGAGCAGUCCAACUUCGAGACCGCCAGGCAGAAGCUGGGAGAAGUCUGUCAUCCUUUACAGGACUUCUACAGUCACAGUAACUGGGUGGAACUGGGAAAGACGAGGCCCAACGCAAACCUGAUCAAACCAGGCGUCAGCAUCGGGAACAUCGCAGAUAUAAACCAAGCGACGUGUCGCAGCUGCGAUGGAGACGACUGCACCAACAACAUACUGGAGGACAUCAUCACACGAGAGAUCCUGACCUCUGGGUACUUUGGCAUCAUACCUUUAGUCUCGGAGAAACCUCCAGGAAAAUGCAGUCAUGGAGGAGGGAUUGACGUCACGAGCAGGCUCGAGCCCAUCGGGGGAAUCAACAAAGACACCUUUGGCUCCGAUCACGGACACCUCCACCUCGAAGCCGCCAACAUGGCCGUGGCGGCAACCAUGGAGCUCCUGGAGGACAUCUGGGCGGCUGCGGGGAACCGGCCCUUCCUCCAGAUGAUGGGGAUCUCCUCGGGCUCCAGCAAAGCUCUCUGCUUUGUCAUCGAUACCACGAGCAGCAUGGCCGAGGACAUCGCGGCGGUGCAGGGCGUGACCACCUCCAUCAUCGACAGCGAAGUGGGCACAGAGAACGAGCCCUCGAUUUACAUUCUGGUACCGUUCAAUGAUCCAGUUGUGGGGCCGUUGAUCAGGACCACAGACCCGACAGUCUUCAAGAGUGUUAUCGACUCCCUUCAAGCCAGCGGCGGGGGAGACGAGCCAGAGCUCAGUCUCUCUGGGCUUCAGCUGGCUCUGAGCAGCGCUCCUUUCAAUUCGGAGAUCUUCCUCUUCACCGACGCUCCUGCCAAAGACAGACAGCUGCAGAGCACGGUGAUCGCUCUCAUCGAGCGGACCCAGACUGUGGUCACCUUCUUCAUAACGGACUCCCCAACAGCUAACCGCCGGAAAAGAAGAGACGGCAGGCCUCGUCGGUUCAGCAGACUGUCUGCCUCGGACACAGAGCUGUACAGAAGCCUGGCUCAGGCUUCGGGGGGUCAGGCCAUCGAACUCUCCAAGACUGAGCUUCCCACGGCGGCCAGCAUCAUAACCGAGUCCGCCAGCUCCUCUCUGGUGACUCUUCUCCAGGCCUCCAGGAGCCCCGGACGGACGGACACGUUCAGCUUUCUAGUUGAUGAGACGGUCACCAACGUCAGAGUUUACAUCACCGGGAGCUCGCUCACCUUCAAUCUCACCGGUCCCACAGGUGAAACUCAGCAGAGCAGCGAGACAGCGGGGCCGCUGAUCGAUUCGACUCAGUCCGCCGGAAACUUCAGGAGUCUGCAGCUCAACACGGAACAAGGCCUAUGGCAGAUCCGGAUGGUCUCAAACGAGCCCUACACAUUGAGGGUCAUCGGUCAGAGUCCCAUUGACUUCCUGUUUGACUUUGUGGAGGUGUCACAGGGUGUGUUUACAGGGUUCGAUCCUCUCGAAACGCGUCCCCGAGCCGGCGUAAACGGCAGCUUGCUGGUCACGGUGACGGGGAGCUCCUCCGCCAGGGUCACGGAGGUCACGCUGGUGGAGUCGUCGGGCUCUGGGGAGAUUCCGGGGGUCGUGACGCCACAGGAGGGCGGAAACUUCUUGGUCCAGGUGGAGGAGAUCCCGUCGGAGGUGUUCGUGGUCCGGGUGAAGGGAGAAGAUGACAGUUUUCCCUCCAGCACCUCCACUGUGACCUUCCAGAGACAAUCGCCCACCAACUUCAGAUCCUCCAAUGUGACCAUCACUGCUGAUUCCAACGGCAUCCUGGAUCCAGCCACAGAGUUCGCCGUGCCUUUCUCCGUGUCGAUCAAUGGCACCGGUGGAAACUUUACCAUCCGAGCCACCAACAGCAGAAGCUACACCUCGACCUUUCCAACCAGUCUGUCCCUGGAAACCGGAAGCGCUAAUGGCACCGUGACGCUGUCGGCGCCUCUGAACACGACGUCCGGCACCGACGUCACUCUGACCAUCGAAGCCGAGGCUCCAGGAGGGGAAGACAGCAACUACAUCGUGCUGCGGAUUUCUGUCGUCAACUCGGUGACGGACUUCACCGCGCCCGUGUGCCAGCUGGUCCAGCUGCAGGGCAACUGCUCGGAGAACUGCAGCCUGUCGGCGUUCGAGGUCACCCUGCGGGUGACCGACGGAGACAACGGCACCGGGGUGGAGCGCGUCAGCCUGCUGCGGGGCAACGGCACCCUGAGCACCAGCCCCGAGGCCGGGAACCAGAACGCCACGCUGGCGACCUACAACUCCACCUGCUGCGCCCCGGAGGUGGAGCUGCAGUUCGUGGACCGGGUGGGGAACAGCGGGACCUGCACCUUCAGCUUCCAGGACGGGCUGCAGGGAGCUCAGUCUCACUCCGCCAAGGUCACGCCCUCACUGCUCCUCUGCCUCGUGACCCUGCUGCUGUCCGCACUGACAGACGGCGGCGUCCGAUGACCCCAGAUCCACAAGACGCUGGAAGCCGGAGGUCCAGCAGCGCACUGCCGUCAUGGAGAUACGCUAAAGAAUGAAGUCCUUUCACAAGUCAGAUUUUUAACAUUGUUUGUGAUAUGAAUACAUUUAAAUUCUUAUUGAC